AUGUAUGCUAUUUUGGCAACUAUCACCCCAAAGGCUGGGUCAUUUCAGAAAGUCGCCGAUCUCGUCAAAGCUAUCGGGAAAUACGCAGAAGAGCAUGAGCCAGAAUGCGUCGAAUUUCGGCUCUGUACCGAGGUAGAUGCUGAAGGACUUGAAGCAAUCUAUACCAUAGAGAAGUUCAACACCAUCAGUGGUCUACGCACACAUCAAGAGACGCCUAAGUUGGCUGAGUUCUACAAAAUCACUGCUGAAGAAAACCUAUUGGAGAAAGAAACGGUUGUCAAGAUUGUAAAGGGCGUGUAUGGAUACCACGUCUAA